ACUCGGUACAUCGUACUGCUGUGCUUCACCAAGUUUCUGAAAGCUGUGGGGCUGUUCGAAUCCUACGACCUUCUGAAAGCGGUCCACCUCGUGCAGUUUAUCUUCAUCGUGCAGCUGGGGUCUGCAUUUUUUAUGGUUUUGUUUCAAAAACCAUUUUCUUCUGGUAAAGUGGUAACUAAGCGUCAG